CACUGAGCAUGUCUCUGCGCGCUUUCGACGAUCACCGGAGCCGCUGCUGCUGAUCCACGGUCUGGACAUCAUGCAUCCGAACAAGUCCACCUCCUCUUCAUCCUCCUCCUCAUCCUCAUCCUUGAACUCGGAGAAGAAACUUUUCUCCAAGCUCAAGGUGAAUCUGACCAAGAAUUACCCGAAGAAGAACGCGGAGAUACUGAGCGGACAGUACGGAGCCAACCUGCUGCUGAUCGGUGUGUCCGUGAUGCUCGCGCUCGCCCAGCACGGUCCCGCGGUGAAGAACGAGCACCUGCUGGCCUUCAUCACGGCUCUGAUGCUCGUGCAGCUCGUGUGGAUGCUCUGCUACAUGAUCCGGAGGGAGCGGGAGCGGGAGCGCGGUCCGGUGCAGGAGAAGGACGCGCACGCGAGCACCAGCUGGAUCCGAGGAGGGCUGACGAUGCUCGCGUUGCUGUCGCUCAUCAUGGACGCGUUCCGCAUCGGCUCUUUCGUCGGAUAUCUGUCCUGCGUCUCCGCCGUGAUCGGAGUCUAUCCCAUCGUGCACGCGCUGCACACCAUAUCUCAGGUGCACUUCCUCUGGUUCCACAUCAAAGAUGUCAUCAAGAAAUAUGAAACGUUUGAAAGGUUUGGAGUGAUUCACGCCGUCUUCACGAACCUGCUGCUGUGGUGUAAUGGAGUGAUGUCAGAAUCUGAACAUUUCUUCAACACCCACAGGAGACGCCUGACCGAGCUGGGAUACGACAAUCUCUCCACAGUGGAAACAGAGCCGAGCUGUAACUGCACCAUCAGCGUCUGCUCCAUGUUCUCCACCAGUCUCUAUUACCUGUACCCCUUCAACAUCGAGUACCACAUCUUCGUGUCGGCCAUGCUGCUGGUGAUGUGGAAGAACAUCGGCCGGCCGCUGGAGCUCCAGGGCAGUGGUGAGCGUCCCAGCAGCAGGAGCGCGGGUCUGAUGCUCGGACCGAUGCUGGGUCUGCUGGCGCUGGCCAGCUCCGUCACCGUGCUGGUGGUGUACCUCAUCCACAUAGAGAAGUCCCAGCAGACGCGUGAGGCCGCCAUCUCCAUGUUCUACCUGUACGGCGUGGUGAUGCUGAGCUGCAUGUGUGUCGCGAGCGGAGCCGGGCUGCUGGUGUACCGUCUGGAGGCCUGGCCCAUGGACACGGGUUCGAACCCGUCGCGUGCGCUGGACUCGGAGCUGCUGCUGGGCUCGUCGCUGGGCUCCUGGCUGAUGUCGUGGUGUAGUGUGGUGGCAGUGUUAGCGGUGGGACCCGGCUCUCCGAGCUUCCGCUGGACCUGUCUGGUGUACUCACUGCUGCUGGUGCUGGAGAAGUGUGUGCAGAACCUGUUCAUCGUGGAGUCGCUCUACCGCAGACCCAGAGACCCGGACGAGGAACCUGAGAUCUUCUGCAUCACUCCAGCGCUCGACAGCAUCGUGAACCACGACAAGCCCUGCUCGAGUCUGGAGGAAGAGACGCCUGAGAACAGCAGGAAGAACUCUGACAUCACACUUCCUGUGAGAAACCAGCUCAGCGUGACACAUGGGAGGAAGAGACAGAUCCUGAAGAACAUCACCAUCUUCCUCUUCAUGUGCAACAUCUCGCUGUGGAUUCUCCCGGCCUUCGGCUGCCGUCCUCAGUAUGACAGCGGUCUGGAGCAGGACACCUUCGGACACAGCGCCUGGACCACGGUUCUGAACCUGGCCAUCCCCAUGAACCUCUUCUACCGCACACACUCGGUGGCGUCGCUCUUCCAGGUCUUCAGGAAGGUUUGAGGACGACUGAGACUCUGGUCUGAGGAAGCUCAUGUGUUCAGAACGAGCGAUCCGAUCCGGUUCUCACGCCUGAAGAUUCUUCACACACACACACACACACACACACACACACACACACACACACACACACACACACACACACACACACACGCUCACACACACACACACACACACACACACACACACACACAC